CUUUGUUACCUGGCAACGGCGAACGCUGAGAUCGGUAAUGGAAGCUGGCCUGUGAGCGCUGAUCAGGCCCAGAAACUAGCAGGGCAAAGACGAAUACCUCAUCAUGGAUGACGAUGACCUGGAUGAGCUGCUGGAUGAAGUGGAAAAAAAGUUCUGUAGUAAAGCUUCUGCAGCGUCUUCCGGUUUAAGACGUAACAAAGACGAAAAUAAACAGGAAAAAUGGAGUGCUGCAAAAUGUGAGCCACAUAAAAGCAGCGUUUCUGAGGACAUUGAUGCCCUUCUGGAGGAACUACUGGAGGAUGAUUACGACAGUUCUCCUCAGUCAAAGGAUGAACAGUUUUCUAAAAGAGAACAAGCAGAGAAGAAACUUUCAUCACUGUCUGCUGGAAGAAAAUGCUGUCCUGUUUUCAUCAGUGGGAGCUCAGUCACAAACGGUGUUGGAACAGCCACUUCCAAAAGGUCAUGUGACCAGCUGAGGUGCAUCUCCUGUGACUUCCGGGUUUUGAUGUUUGACGAUUCUGAAUGGGACACAUCAUGUGACUACCUGUUCCUCAGGAACAACGUGCCGGACCGCCAGAAGCUCCGAGCCAAGCUGAAGAAGAGGAAGGGUUUGCGGGCUUACGCCUGCCAGUGCAACUGGUUCUCCAGCUCAGAGACGACGGACCUCAGAAACCAGCCUCAGCUCAGAUGGGUCUGUGGCAAACAUCUGGACUGAAGCUCACAGCUGGGAAACAUGCUGCUCACACAGCAUGGACCACAAAUGGAAACUGAUGGUUUCUCAGAUACAUCUAUAAAACCUGAUGAUGGAACUAAAACUUAUUAGUUUGAGUAAUAAUGAGUUGGGUGUGAAAACAGAAAAGGGAAUGUGUUUUGGAUGCUGGAGUAGAUCCAAACUGAUAAAACUGCCAGCAUAAAUCAGUUUAGUUAAACUCAGUUAACUGAAACAAUCAAACAGCUACUUGAGGAGAUCUAAAAAUAUGUUUUAAAACAUCUAAGAACUCUUUGUUGGACUCCUCAAUGGUCCCAAUAUUGUCCUCUGUAGAAUGUUUUUAUCUUUUAUUUAAUGUUCACUCACAGUUCCUUGAUGCUAAAUGCAUAACAGGGAUGCACCGAUGUGUAAAUUUGGGCCGAUGUCAAUAUCCGACCUGAACAGGGUUUAUAAAAUCUGAGAAGCUUCUUUGGAACAUUUUAAAAGCAAAUUAAAAUGGUUGUAAGUCUUAAGAUUUAUAUUUGUCAAACAGCUAAAUGAGAAACGUCAUAUAAUAAUAUUGCUCUAUCAUAAUAUUUUUAAAUAUUUUAGGCUAAUGUAAUAGGAAAGACUUGGAGAAAAAAAAGAAAUCUGAAGUAACUGAUGUAGAAAAUCUGUUGAGAUGUGGAAUAUUUUAAUAUUUGAACUCGUGUUUACGUUUACAGAAACCAGAAAAUAUGAGAUAAAUCUUUAUUGUAAUUCAGUUUGCGUUCAUUUUGUGUUCUCUUUUUUACAUCCCAGAUGUAUAAGGCACUUGUACAUUUUCUCUUCUUCUUUCCUCCCGUUUCAUCAGUGGAAUCCCAUUGUGAGUUGAUUUCAUCUCUAACAAAAUUGAUUGUGACCAAUAUUUAAUUUUUUCUUUCUGGUUUCUGUCAGCCUUUGUAUCUCCUGAACUGUUAAAUGCUUCAUUAUUCUGUCGCUUACCUAUCACUGUACUGAGCAUGCUCAGUGCAGUUUCUGUCCCAAAAUUAAAAACAAUGCUACCUCUGUAGUUAGAAGGAGCUAGAAUAUUAGAUGUGCAACCAUGGAAACAAUAAAAAGGAGGUUCAGACCAAACGAUCUUCAAUUAAGUCGACAUGCAGAUGAAUUUUUAAAUCAGAGUAAAAACUUUUUUUAAAAUGUAAUAGUGUUUUGGUUUAUUUCUGCUUUUAAGCAACUUCUCAAGUUUCCAUCCUUUAAGCAAUCAUUUAUUAAUUGUGUAAUGCUUGAUAAUUAAAUAUGAAUGCAUUAAUUUUCACAUACAACAUCAUGACUGAUGUUAGUGUUGCCUCCAUAUUUCAUCAGUGACCUGAGGUUUUUAUCAAUAUUCAGUCAUAAUUUAGAAAGAGUACUGCGCCCAGAGAAAGGGUUAACCAUCCUGUUAAUGAUUAAAAUUAUUUCAUAAAAGUUUAUGUUUUUCAUGUCAUCACAUCAGAUAAAACUGAGAACAGUCUGAUGAAAUUUUAUUCCAUAAUUUAAAGCCACAUCACACUUUAUUGUGAUUAAAUUUUGAUGAUAAAUAUUGGCUCUAGUUAGAGUAAUGGAGAUAUUGGGAAGCAUUCUAGACUCUGUAAAACAAACUUAAUCCAGCUUCAGAUAAGCUCAAAUGAGAACCAAAGGAUUUAUACAAGCUGAGAAAAUACCCGAAACUGAAAAACUUUAAAUAUUAUGGAUCAAAAGGUGAGAUAUGUUGCUAAGCUCAGCUUCCAUUAGACUGAAACAAAACCAUAUAGUUAAGAGGUUGAACUUGAGCAAAGCUGAACAUCAGGAACAUUUAGUUUAUGUUUCUGUCACUCUGCAGAGGAAAUGUCAGGACAGAUGUACUUGUUGGUUGCUUUAAUAAACGGAUCAUAAAUAA